GGCGUUCCGUUCCAGCUCACACUCCAACGUUGUUUGCUGUCCCUUCAACAUGGCUGGACACUGGGGCGAGAUAAUGGCGUUGGUGUUUUUGCUCUGCUGCUCCGUGACAGACGCCUAUCCCGGGCCUUCCCCCCUGCCAGGACCUUGGCCCAAUCCCUUCCCUUUGCCAGAUCCAGUAGCCUUCCCUAAUCCUCUCCCUGGGCCCUUACCCCUUCCUAAUCCUUACCCUGGAUCCUUACCCAAUCCAACCCCCUUGCCAGGCCCAGUAGCUUUCCCUAAUUCUCAUCCUGGAGCCUUACCCCUGCCAGGCCCCCUGCCAGGUCCAGUAGCUUUCCCUAAUCUUCAUCCUGGGCCUUUUCCCUUGUCAAACCCCCUGCCAGGCCCAGAACCUUACCCUGGCCCCGUUCCAAUUCCUGACUUUCGUCCUUAUACCCCAGAUCAAUUCCAAAACUCUGGUCCUUACUUCCCUGAUACCAAAUCUUACGUCCCUGACCCUGAUAACCGACCUUACUUCCCUGACUCGUUCCCUGAUACCAUACCUUAUUCUCCGAACCCUGACACCCGUGCUUACCCUCAGGAUGAUCUUGAUUCCCGACCUUACCCUCAGAAUGACUUAAACUCCCUACCUUACCCUCAGAAUGACCUUCAUAUGCGACCUUACCCUCAGAAUGACUUAAACUCCCUACCUUACCCUCAGAAUGACCUUCAUAUGCGACCUUACCCUCAGAAUGACUUAAACUCCCUACCUUACCCUCAGAAUGACCUUCAUAUGCGACCUUACCCUCAGAAUGACUUAAAAUUCGGAGCUUAUCCUCAGAAUGUCCUUGACCCUCUGCCCUAUGAGGACCCCACCCCCCCUCCCUCCCCCCUGAACGACCUGACCAACCUACACCCGAAAUUCAGGUCCUUCUCGCCCUCCAAUACCGCCAAGGAACUCCAACACUCAAGUUAUUCAUUCGCUCCCGAGGUCCUCCUUCACUCGAACCACCUUCCCGCCUCGUCCCCACUCGAUUUUGGGCCCCGAAAUGGUCGCCCGUUCGAGGGCGAGGUAUUCCCUAUAGACAACGAAGGAAAAGGAGGUGAUCUGCAGCCUCGUCCUAACCGGGUCUUCAGUCAAAAUGCUUAUAUUAAGCCUGUUCAGAAGCGGACAGAUUGGUACUUCCUCGGUCUGCCACCCACGGUUCCUCGACACACUCCCUUCUUGCAAUUCGUGUAUGACCUGCAAUCUCCUGCCGAGUUUGGAUACCCAGAAACGCGCUUUGCAGACGUCGAUGAGAUGUGGUACCAGCCUGAUGAAUUUAGCCCCAACACACUUCGGAAGCAGCGACUGGGUUGGUGAGAUGGAGCAAGGGGGGGGGGCAGACAAGCAGUGUUGUGAUGUAGUGAUGUAGUCUGUAUUAGUGAAG